CACUAAAGGGGCAGAAAACUGUAACCGGCUUGCUUCUACUGCAUUUCUAGAUUCGUGUUUUGUUUGAUUGUCCGUGAUGACCUAAAAGGGGUUUGAACUCUCUUGUACUUCGGAGCAGCCCACCAUUACUGUCUUAUUUCUUUUGCACUGAGUAGAAGAGAUGGUGAGGCUCACUGCUGAUUUGAUAUGGAAAAGCCCUCAUUUUUUCAAUCCAGUUAAAGAGCGUGAGUUAGAUCUUCGAGGCAACAAGAUAGCUGUAAUUGAAAACCUGGGUGCUACUGAGGACCAAUUUGACACCAUAGAUUUAUCUGACAACGAGAUUGUCAAACUGGAGAACGUACCUUAUCUUAACCGGUUGGGUACACUGAUCAUUAAUAACAACAGGAUUACUAGAAUUAAUCCCAGCAUUGGAGAGUUCUUGCCAAAAUUGCACACACUAGUUCUCACUAACAACAGAAUUGUAAACUUGGUAGAAAUUGACCCUUUAGCAUCCAUUCCAAAGCUGCAGUACCUUAGUCUGCUGGACAACAAUAUCACGAAGAAACCAAAUUAUAGGCUUUAUGUUAUUAACAAACUGAAAUCCCUCCGAGUUUUAGAUUUCAAGAAAGUGAAAAAUAAGGAACGGUUGGAAGCCAAAAGCUUGUUUGCUUCGGAAGAAGUUAUGGAUGAAAUUCAAAGGUUGCCACCCAAACCAGUUUCACCUGCUGAAACUCCAAAGGUUUCAGAAGCAGCUGAGGAACAACAAACACCAAAAGUGGUUGCUCCCACACCUGAGCAAAUUACUGCUAUCAAGGCUGCCAUUGUGAAUUCUCAGACUCUUGAGGAGGUUGCUAGACUUGAAAAGGCAUUGAAGUCUGGCCAGCUUCCUGCAGAUAUAAAAGGCUUGAAUGAUAAUAUAGUGUUGGAUAAUGUUACUGAAAAACCUGAAGAUAUGAUUCAUGAUGACAGAGAUCAAGCUGACGGUGAAUCCAAUGGUACACAAGAGCAUACAAAUACUGAUUCUACUUCAAUGGAACAGGAUUAGAGUGAAGAUUUUGAAGAUGCCUCAGCACUUUAAUGUGAUGUUUGAUCAUAGUUUUAUUGGAUUGGAAUGGAUUAAAUUUGUUUAAACAGUGCAUGUGUAGUGUUAGUAAUUUUACUUUAUACAAGAUUCUCAGACGCUAAUUUCAUUUUAUUCCUUAAGUUAAAAUUGUGUAUGA